GCUGCGCUCUCUUCCGGUAGUAUAAAAAUUGCCACGAGUUAGCGGAAUCGGAGAGUAUCCAUCUUGAAAAGCAGCCCCCGGCUUCUAAAUUUAAAACAGCUAUCAGAAUGUCUGACGACGCUGAGCAACAAUUAAUGGAGACCUCCGAAAAUGGAAACGAAGCCGAAGACCUUAAUGGAGCAGGAGAAUCCACAGAACAGCCCGAGGCGGAUGAACCAGAACAGAGCUGUACGGGAGAAGGCGAUGAUAUGGCUGCAGGGGUGGAAGGAGACUCUCAGAACGGAGCGGCAGAGGGGGGUCAAAUUAAUGCAAGCAAAGGCGAGGAUGACGCUGGCAAAAUGUUUGUUGGUGGGCUUAGCUGGGACACUAGCAAAAAAGAUCUGAAGGACUACUUUUCCAAAUUUGGGGAGGUGACAGAUUGUACCAUCAAGAUGGACUCAAACACAGGACGGUCACGUGGGUUUGGGUUCAUUUUGUUCAAAGAAGCAGCAAGCGUAGACAAGGUUCUCGAGCAGAAAGAGCACAGGCUAGAUGGACGACAAAUAGACCCAAAGAAGGCUAUGGCAAUGAAGAAAGAGCCAGCCAAGAAGAUAUUUGUUGGUGGUCUAAACCCCGAAGCCACAGAGGAGACAAUCCGAGAAUACUUUGGAACCUUUGGAGAGAUUGAAUCAAUUGAACUUCCGGUGGACCCAAAGUUCAAAAAGAGGCGGGGUUUUAUCUUCAUCACUUUCAAGGAUGAAUCUACUGUCAAAAAAUGCCUUGAAAAAAAGUUCCAUAACGUGUGUGGGACCAAGGUAACCAACGGAAAAGAAGGCCUUUGUGAGAUUAAGAUUGCCCAGCCCAAGGAGGUGUACCAGCAGCAGCAGUUCGGAGGUCGCGGAGGCAGCGGCUACGGGAGUGGCCGGGGAGGCAGAGGGCGUGGCGGCCAAAAUCAGUAUGGAAACCAGGGUUAUAGUAACUACUGGAGUCAGGGCUAUGGAAAUCAGGGCUAUGGCUACGGUGGCCAGCAGGGCUACGGAAACUAUGGCGCUUACGGCAGCUACGACUACUCUGCCGGCUACUACGGUGGAGGUUACGGCGGCGGCUACGACUACAACCAGGGCAAUACAAGCUAUGGGAAAACUCCAAGACGUGGAGGCCACCAGGGUAGCUACAAGCCAUACUGAUCACAUGUAGUGCAGGACUCAAGUAAUAGAGAUUUGAGACCACAGCGCAGCGAUGACAGGAAGUACGCAGGACUUGAUUCUUUCCUUUGGGAUGACACUCCUGCUCGAUUUGUACAGACCAUCUGAGAAACUGGGAAAGCAAAUGUCACUUUUCCACGUUUUUUUAUUUUAUCUUUUUUUUUUGUCCACAUUUCCAGAGAUGGAAGUGUUAUUUUUACUGUACUUUUUGGUACCUUUUUUUGAAUCUAAUGUAUUGUAUGGUUGUAUUUUACAUGUCGACUGGAUUUACAUGAGAAUCGGAAGCUGUCAGAGCUUUUGAAAUAAAGCAAUUUUGAGUAAUUUUU